AUGCAAAGGUAUCAUGCUGGCAGCUGCACUAGUGCAGUUAAUAACGGUUCAAUUGGUGGGAUACCGCCUAGGGAUACAUCCCGAGCUGAGUUAUCUGCUGUUCCACCACCAGCCAACUUCUCUCUAAACUCAAGGAGGUCUUCACAGCUGACAACAUACAAGUUGAGGUGUGAUAAAGAAUCAUUGAAUUCCCGACUUGGGCCGCCUGACUUUCACCCGCAGACACCAAAUUGUCAUGAAGAGAGACUUACCAAGGAAUAUGUGCAAUCUGGUUACAGGGAGACAGUUGGAGGGCUUGAGGAAGCUAGAGAGAUUUCAUUCUCACAAAUUCAGACUUUUACAAAACCUGUCAUCGUCAAUUGCAAAGAGGCAAUAAGAAAACGUCAUAGAGCCAUCAACGAGUCUCGUGCUCAAAAGCGCAAGGCUGGUCAAGUUUAUGGAGUUCCUCUUUCUGGUACGCUGUUAACCAAGCCUGGUAUCUUCCCUGAACAAAGACCUUAUGGGGAAGACGCCAGGAAGAAAUGGCUCGAGGGUUUAUCUCAACAACAUAAAAGGUUACGUUCAUUGGCCGACCACGCUCCUCACGGUUACAGGAGGAAAUCUCUUUUCGAAGUUUUAAUCAGAAACAAUGUUCCAUUAGUGAGAGCAGCAUGGUUUAUCAAAGUAACCUAUCUUAAUCAGGUUCGCCCAGGCUCAUCCAGCUCGUCAUCAGGGGCACAUGACAAAACUCAGUUUUCGCGGUCGGAGCUGUGGACAAAAGAUAUUGUUGAUUACUUGCAGUAUCUCUUGGAUGAAUUUGUUACAAGAAAUAAUUCUCGUUCGAGUUUGCAUAUUCGUGAUCGAUCAUCACAAAUGGUUUAUGCUGGUUCAAUGUUGGCAAAAGGUGAUCAGUUUUCAGCUGUCACUGAUAGUGAGGAGCCUCCUCUAUACUUCAAGUGGUGGUAUGUGGUGCGGAUUAUUCAGUGGCAACAUGCUGAAGGACUGCUCACUCCGUCUCUCAUUAUUGAAUGGUUUCUCAAUCAACUGCAGGAAAAAGAAUUGUCCAGUGUUCUGCAGUUGCUAUUGCCCAUCAUGUAUGGUUUUAUAGAAACUGCUGUAUUAUCUCAGACCUAUGUGCGAACUCUGGUGGGAAUAGCUGUUCGUUUCAUCAGAGAACCUUCUCCUGGUGGUUCUGAUCUUGUUGAUAAUUCUCGCCGGGCUUAUACUACUACUGCUCUUGUUGAGAUGCUUCGAUAUUUAAUUCAGGCUGUACCUGAUACUUUUGUUGCUUUAGAUUGUUUUCCUCUGCCCACGUGUGUGGUGACUCAUUUGGUAAAUGAUGGAAGUUCUUUAUCAAAAACAUCUGAGGAUGCAAGGAAGAAUGGUGGUCCACUAGAAGUAACCGGUGUGCUUAGAGAUAAAGCACAUGAAAUUCAAAUUGAGUCGUUAGCUAUUGAUCGUGCUGUUUCAUCGAUCCAAAAACGUGCUGAGACUCUUGCAAGAGCAGCCAAACCUGAUCAUCCCGGUCAUAAUGUAGCUAAAGCCUCCCAGGUAUUGGAUAAAGUUCUUGUGCAUGGAGAUAUUAGAGCUGCUUACCAAUUACUCUAUGGAUACCUUUGGGAUGGAGCUGUUGCUGAAUGUUGGAUUGCUGAAGUGAGCCCUGGUUUGCGUUCAUCUCUUAAGCAUAUUGGCAGAGUGACUUCGUCGUUAAUUUGCUCCACGUUUUUCAUUUGUGAGUGGGCAGCCUGUGAUUUUAGAGAUUUCCGUACUGUGCGUCCUCAUGGCAUGCAGUUUACUGGUAGAAAAGACUUCUCUCAGAUAUACAUAGCAAUGAGGCUUUUAAAACAGAAGAUGAGCGAUAUGCAAAAUUUGAAUGGUUUGAAAGGUAAACGGAAAGAUUCUUUGGAUACUUUUGAAAGCCCAAGCCCGUUGCAUGAUAUUAUCGUGUGUUGGAUUGAUCAACAUGAAGUGCAUAAUGGAGAAGGUUUCAAGCGCCUUCAGCUUCUAGUAAGAGAAUUUGUACGAGCUGGAAUUUUUCAUCCCCAGGUGUAUGUGAGACAGCUGAUAGUUAGUGGGAUCGUGGAUGGGCAUGGGUCCAUGGUUGACCUGGAGAAGAGGAAGAGGCACCACAGAAUCUUGAAGCAGUUGCAUGGUCCAUAUAUUUUCAAACUUAUGGAAGAAUCACAAAUUAUUGAACCAUCAGUAGUUACAGAGGUGAUGAAUGUUUACUCAAACGAACGUCGGUUAGUGCUUCAAGGGCUCCUAGAUCACAAUAAAAGUCCUAGUAGAAAAAGUUCAAAUCAGAAAGUAAAGCGUCGUCUCAGUUCUGGAGGUGGAAGUGCAGAUCAGUGGUCUAUUCACUCAACAUCAAAUUUACAGUCCAAAUAUGUUGGUGCUGAUAUUGAGAUUGAAGAACUAAAGGCUUCAAUAACUGUCCUGUUGCAAUUUCCAAGUUAUAUGUUGACAAUGGAAAACGGACUUGAAGAGUCGCAAGGGAGUGUUAAGAGGUCUAGUGGGGCUAAUAACAGAGUAGAUUUAAGUGAAGAAACACCUGGAUGUGAAGAAUGCAGAAGAGUGAAGAGACAAAGAUUAAGUGAAGAGCGGAGCUUUGACCCGAAGCUAAAUCCAACAGAUGAAGAGGAAACAUGGUGGGUAAGAAAGGGGAUGAAAUCAAUGGAAUCUUUCAAGGGAGAUCCACCUCCUAAGCCAGCCAAGCAGCAGGGGUCCAGGGGUAGGCAAAAAACUGUCAGAAAGACUCAAAGCCUUGCACAAUUAGCUGCUGCCAGGAUUGAAGGUAGCCAGGGAGCAUCGACAAGCCAUAGAGAGGUAGAGUCUCUCGUGGGGAGUUCUACUGCUUUUGAACUUCCUUCAAUGGAAAGUCUUUUUGAUAGUCUAUUAUUGGUUUUCCAUGCACUGCUGAGCAACUCUCAGCCAAGCUGGCUGAAGCUGAAAUACGAUUCCAAAUCCAUGGAAUAUGCUGUUUUUGAUCGUGAAGUGGCAGAAAGCUUUCAGAAUGAUUUGAACCGUAUGGAAUUGCCCGAGACAAUUAGGUGGCGCAUCCAAACUGCGAUGCCAAUUCUCUUUCCCUCUCCCCGGUUGAUGAUUUCUUGCCAGCCUCCAUCAGUAUCACCUGCUUCCCUUGCUUUUCUUCAGCCCAGCAAUCAAACAACUGCAUUAAACCCUCUCAAUUCGAAUCUCCUUCCGAGGAAUCUACCUUUACCAUCACGCACAGGCACAAAUGUGAAAACCAAGGCUCUCCAAUUGCAGCAUGACUUUGAUAUGGAGAUUGACCCAUGGACCCUUUUGGAGGAUGGAGCCGGGUCAGGUCAGCCUUCAGUUAACUCUGCUCUUGUUGGCAGCACCGAUCAUGCUAAUCUGAAGGCAUCCAGUUGGCUUAAGGGAGCCGUAAGAGUGAGGAGGACAGACCUCACAAAUGUUCGGUUGUGGAAAUACCUUGCGAGGGCCGGCCAUGUGGCGGCAAAGGAUACCGCUGCAAGGUUCAUACUUUGGGGGCAUGUGUUGAUGUAUGGUGAAUACAGUGUUUUCUCAUUGGCCUGUGCUUGUGGAAUCCCCGAGCCUGCUCUUUCCUAA